UCUUUAAUUUUCCGCGUACCGCUCACUUUCCGCUCCCAAAACAACCAACCGGCGGAGUGGGCGGACGGGUCUGUCCUGUUUUCCCAACCCACGAACUUUGAGUUUUCCCGGCGUACGGUCGGUCUUUGCCCUAGUUUCGGUCCCCCGUUUCUUCGUUCGUUUAAGUUUUGGUGAAGAAGUGCAAAUCUGUGUGAUCCUCGUCUUGGGAAAGGGUGUCCAGGUGUUUAAAGUAGUGUGGCCGCUGUCCAGUGUCGAGUGAGGUCGAGGUAGGCUGCUUAUCGCGCUCUCUCUCUUUCUUUUGACCAUAAACGGGCACCACUUCCGGUUCCGGUUCCGGGGCCGGUCAGCGAUCCGGCGAAGCGCUGUUUAUUCUGUCUCAUCAACGGGCUGUGGACCUUCGUAGCUGUGUGUGUGUGUAUGUUCCUAUCGCAGAUCGUGGCGGUCUCGCAGGUGUUCAGUGUUCAGCGCGACCUAAUCGCCGUUUGUUGUUGUCGUUCAUUGUCGUCGUCGUCAUCUUCGAAGCAUCCCCAAAGAAUACCUCCAACGGGCGAACGGGAAGAAACGAUAAAGUAAAUAUAAAGCGUGCCGACUGUUUGUUGAUCGUGAGCUGAUGGAAAUAAAUCGAAUCGUGUGAACCAACGUGUGUGUUAUGUUGUGCGGAAGUCCGCACACGACAUUGGUUGCUGUUGCCGCAAUCGGACGCUCGUGUGUGCCACCCGACCGGCUCGGGCUUGACUAGGUCUCGGGCACGCGUGUCGCUAAACGCACAGGGGAUACACCCCGGGUUUUUCUACCUCGGAACGGUUCCACUGCUCCAUGCUCCAUGUGAUCGUUUGCACACUUCCUGAACGGCAAAUGGUUUAGCGGUAAUUGCAAUUUUUUCUUCCCGCGCUCGCGGACACCGCUGGGACCAUCCCGGCACGAAAAUAGCACUCAGCGUGAGGUCAUCUUGGCGUUCGGCUACCGUCGACCAAAUUUUUAUGACAGACCCACCCGCCGAACUAGACACCAUUUUGGACACUGCAUUGUGCUCACUUCGACCAGUGCCCCGGAAGUUGGCAGUGCCCGGGAACCGACCGGGAAGAUAAAGCACCGCCGUUAAUCGUUGUCGCGAGCCGCACGUUGGAUGGUGCCUGUCUGUCUGUGUGUGUGUGCUUUCUCCGCCGUAAUUGUAAUAUAUCGAUGUCGCCUAGUCGAGUUGGGCGUGAACAGGACGUGGACACAGUGCCGGCGAGAUCAUAAAUCGCCAUCGGGAGCCGAUCGAUCUGAUCACAGCGUUAACAAUUGAACGGCCCUAGCCCGGUGUUGUGUAGGAAACGUAGGAUAAAGGCCAGAAUAUUUCGGAUAAAGGCCAUAUUUAUAUUUCGGAGCCAGAAACCCGAAACAGCGAAACAAUGUGCGCUUAUGUUGUGUGAUUAUGCAAACGGUUUCCGGUCGCGCGAUCAGUUCCAAUGAGAUCAUUAGUGCAGCUGCUCUGCGAUCGCGAGAUAGACUACAGUGACCGCCAUUCGGAGCCGGUCGUCGUGCCGAAGGCGCCGAACGAGUCGCGAGCAGAGCCACAUAUCCGUCCAGCGAUGAACACCACCUCGCCCUCGCCCAAGUCGUCCCUGGCCAAGCUGGGCCUCCACUCGAAAACGAAACCAUUCCGCGUGAUGGUGCUCGGCCAGAGUGGCGUGGGAAAAACAGCGAUGGUGGUCCGGUUUAUAACGAAGCGCUUCAUCGGCGAGUACGACCCGAACCUGGAAAAGGUCUACACCUUCAACACGCUGAUCGACAAUGAGCUGGUGCUGUUCGAAAUAUUGGACGCCGCCGGUCAGCCGAAUGAAGCCGACUGUCUCACGCUCGAGGCGAAUAUCCGCUGGGCCGAGGCGUUCAUCUUGAUGUACUCGGUAGCGGACAAGUGCAGCUUCGACGAGUGCAACCGUCUAAAGUUCCUCAUUAACUACAACAAACGGCGCCGUAGGCUUGGCUCCUACAACAAGGACCCCUUGCUGGACGUGCCGGUGAUUUUGGUUGGCAACAAGAUCGACCAAACGGGCGACCGGAUGGUCAGCACGGAGGACGGGCAGCGGCGGGCGAAGGAAAUAUCCUGCGCCUGCUUCCACGAGGUGUCGGUGCGCGAGAGCAUCGAGCAGGUGAACGGUGUCUUCCGGGAUGCGUGCCGCUUCUGGCGCGUCCUGUCGCGCUUUCCAAAGCUCAAGCGGUCCACCAGCGACGUCCACGAUCUGCACUCGGAGGUCGAGCUGAUCCUGAGCCCGGACAGUGUGCAUCCGUUCUGCAACUGCGAUCUGAGCCACGAGAAGCGGCAAUCCAUCAUCAUACUCGGUCGACCGUGGACGGAAGAGGAACCGGACGAGACGGACGAGUCGGAGUCGAGUUGCUGCUCGUCGCAAAAGUCCGACAUCGAAGAGCCGUUCCGGGGGCGGGCGUCCACCGACGGGACGCUCUUGUCACGACCGCGGCGCUGGCGGUUCGCACCUCCCGGGUCCCUCGGGCCGCACGUAGGCCGUGUCGAGCGCCGCAUGAGCAUAUCGAUGCGGGGCAGCAACGCAAGCUACUAAGUGGAUCCUCCGAAGCUUCGGAAGACACGCGAAAGAGUGAGGACAGCGACAUUGUGAUUCCGUUUAUUUUUGUAAUGACGUUUACCGACGCGCCAGUCGACAACCGCCUACCGCCUCCUUCCGAAGCCUUUUCGCCGUAUCGCCACCCAAGACAAGGCUGGCGUUUCUGGAGCACUGGCACGGGAGGAGCAUAUUUUUCGCGAAAGAAGAUUAUUAUCAAUGAGACACGGUGGCGGUAAGGCACACCGCCCGCCGUUAGGUUAAGGACGGAAAUUUCCAGUUUAUAGUGAGACGUGACGGAUACUACAUCUUAAGAGAUAAUAAAGUAAACAAUCGCC